GGUCUGCGAUCAGGUGGCAGCCCCAAGGGAAACUGAUUGCUCAGCUCCGCCCGAAAACCGAAUCGAAACAAUAACAGAAACAGAAACCGUUGAGUUAAUCGGAAAGGGAAUUCGCGGAAUCCAGUAAAUCCAAUAGCUCCGUCGGCGCCAUGUCCACCCUGAACCGCCCCAAGUCCCCGCACACGCCCACCGCCAUCAAGAAGGGCGAGAAGGAGGACAGUUUCUGGGACAAGUUCAGCACUUUGGGUCGCAAACGCGGCACCCGCGAAGUGAAAAAGGUGCAGGAGGAGGGCAAGUACGCCAUCGACUCACCCGGAUCGCCCAGCCAGUAUGACAUCCCGCCCGAGGACUACGCCCUGCGCGAGCACGAGCAGCGCGCCGUCAUCGAUCCGCAGUCCAUCAACGAUCCCGAGGUGAUCAAGCUGCAGCGCAUCCUCGUCGACUGGAUCAACGACGUGCUCGCCGAGCAGCGGAUCAUCGUCCAGCAGCUGGACGAGGACAUGUACGACGGCCAGGUGCUGCACAAGCUCUGGGAGAAGCUCACCGGCAAGAAGCUCGACGUCCCGGAGGUCACCCAGUCGGAGCAGGGUCAGCACGAGAAGCUCAACAUCGUCCUCAAGGCGGUUAACCAUACCCUCGGCUUCCACCAGAAGAUCCCCAAAUGGUCGGUGGCCAGCGUGCACUCGAAGAACAUCGUGGCCAUUCUGCAUCUGCUGGUGGCGCUGGUGCGUCACUUCCGGGCGCCCGUUCGCCUGCCGGAGAACGUCUUCGUCACGGUGGUGAUUGCGGAGAAGAACGCGGGCGUGCUGAAUGCUCAGAAGUUCCAGGAGCAGAUAACCUCGGAGUACGAUGACCUGGGCAUGCGCUGCGAGAAGGACGCCUUCGACACGCUGAUCGACUGUGCGCCCGACAAGCUGGCCGUGGUGAAGAAGUCCCUGAUCACGUUCGUGAACAAGCACCUGGCCAAGCUGAACUUCGAGAUCAGCGACCUGAACACGGACUUCCGCGACGGCGUCUAUCUGUGCCUGCUGAUGGGCCUGCUGGGCGGCUUCUUUGUGCCGCUGCACGAGUUCCACCUGACGCCGCAGGACGUCGACCAGAUGGUGAGCAACGUGGCCUUCGCCUUCGACCUCAUGCAGGACGUGGGCCUGCCCAAGCCGAAGGCGCGGCCGGAGGACAUCGUCAACAUGGACCUCAAGUCCACCCUGCGCGUCCUCUACAGCCUGUUCACCAUGUUCAGGGACUACGCCUGAAGCUAACUAAAUGCCACAGGAGCAACAAUCGGCGCCAAUUUAACAUUUUAUAUUAACUCUUUUUGUAAUGUUUACACGCUUAAUUUAUGUGCGUUCCCAAGCCAGGGAAUGGUUUUAUAUAUAAACAUAUUUAUAAACUUGUGAGUGUCGUACGUCUAACCACUGCGAAGUGCUAACCCUAAACCCAAACCCAAAUCGGCGGCCAGUUGUUAACUUGUCUUACUCACGUGCCACACGUAGCAGUUGUUACUAAGUGAAUUUACUAUAUUUACUACAUAUAUUAACCGACAUUGUGCCUUCAGAUCACACAGAGCUUUUGCGAAAUAUGUCACAGAUCAGAUCAGAUAUCAGACCUGUAAGUGUAGAAGUGUACGGGAAGAGUCUUCGAAAAAUUGUAUUGUGUACGUUAAAAAUUUGGAUUAGAAAAAUCAAUAAAUAUUGCCAAUAGCA